UUGGGGUUACCGUCUGAAUCGCGUGCACAAAGCGAGGAGGAGGAAGAGAUGUGGAGCAUCAAGCCAGAAGACAAGGAUCUGAUAGAGAAGGCGAAGCGGUUCAUGGAGAAAUACUACAGGACGUUCGACGCGAACCGAGCGGAUUUGGUCAACCUGUUCCGGGAAGAGUCAGUGCUGGCCUUCGAAGGCCAGCAGAUCAAGGGCAAGGAGGCUAUCCUCGCCAAACUUACCUCCAUUCCGGAGUGCCACAACGAAAUCGCCGACUUCAACUGCGUGCGCCACCGCACACCCGGCAGUAUGCUCGUCUGGGUCUGCGGCCAGACGUGGGUAGGCGGCACCAAGGACAAGGCGGACGCCGUCGUUACAAACCAGAUGUUCCAUCUGAUGCCAACACCAGAAGGAGGCUUUUACGUAGGAACACAAAUUUGGAGGGCCUUUGAUCGCAACAAGCUUCGGACCUCGUUGGCAGCACCACCAAUGUCCGCCUCAGCACCGGCACCAGCAUCUGUCUCGGCACUGCCCAUGUCGACUUCGGCAUCAAGUGAGUCCGCCUCGGCACUGCCCAUUUCCGCCUCGGCAUCAAGUGAGUCCGCCUCGGCACUGCCCAUUUCCGCCUCGGCAUCAAGUGAGUCCACCUUGGCACUGCCCAUUUCCAUGAUGAAAAUUUCCACCCUAGCACCAGCAUCUGUCUCGGCACUGCCCAUGGCCACCUCAACAUCAAGUGAGUCCGCCUUGGCACUGCCCAUUUCCAUGAUGAAUAUUUCCACCCUGGGACCGCCCAUGUCGACGAUGAAACAUCCAUAGGCUUCAGUCUGAUCAUUCUGGUCUCUGUUUUAUUUUCAAUGUAUGAAUGCAGUCCUGCUUGAUUGCAAGUUGUGGUCGUGGUUAAAACGUAUUUCUAUCUCUAUAUAUAUAUAUAUAUAUA